CCUGUUUAUCCUUGCGCGUAAACAACUUGGAAGUAGUUCCCACAGUCUGCUUUAGCAGGCUUCUGUUCUGUGAUUUGUAAGAGCUGGAUUUGUUCAGCAGAUGAAAAAGGACAAAGGGGAGGAAUAUUUUUAUUAUUCUUUAAAGGUAGUACUGGUUAAAAGACAGCGGAAAGUUUUGCGUGGCGAAGAGAUACAGACUGGGAGUGAUUAGGUUACGCCGGAAUGACGACGACAGAGCGGGGAUUUGAGUAAGAAGCGUUAGUGCUCGCGCGCUUGCUUGAUACCCGGGUAGGCAACCAAAGAGGCAGGAGAAAGGGGCUAAAACCCUGAUGAGUGGGUCGUGAGGAGGGCGCGCGCACAGGAAGAUGUUCAUCAUACAUGGUAAUUAAAUGAAGUUUUGUUGAAUUCUUAAUAUCCAAUCCUUACAUGUAAGAUUUGCAGAUGAGAAAAUGCCCCUUUUUGGAAAAAUCAUUGUCAUUAAAAGGAAUGGUACCGAUGGAACUCAUUUUCCACUGACUACAAAUUCAUGUUUGUUUGGAAGGAAAAGAGAAUGUGACAUCCGAAUCCAGCUGCCUCAGGUUUCCAAAGAACAUUGUAAAAUUGAAGUCAAUGAAAAUAAGGAGGCAACUUUGUUUAACUUAAGUUCUGCAAAUCCAACAGAACUGAAUGGAAGUAUUUUUCAGCAUCCUACAUACUUAAAGCAUGGAGAUGUACUCACCGUUAUUGAUCGAUCUUUCAGGUUUGAAUAUCCACCUCUGUUACUUCCACAGAAAAGGCUUUCCAGAUCUCAAGAGAAAGAAAAGUUACAGGUUCUCCAGCAGGUGGAACAGGAGGAGUUGUUGCACUGUUGGAAUUCAGAAUACAAAAGUCCUCAGAUUCCUGAAAAGAAACUUGAGUGGGAAAGUCAGAAUACUAAUAGAAGUGACAAGAGAAAAAGUCAAAAAUAUAUUACUGGACAGUGUAGCACACCUGAAUCUACAUAUAAAACACGCAGAUCAGAAAGAAAAAAUGAGAUGUCUCCUUUUAGCAAGCUUUAUGAAUUAGUGAAACAUGAAGGUGAUACAAAAAAUACAGAGGAAGAUGUCUGUAAGGAGACGUUCAUACAGUCAGAAGAACAUUCAAGCAGAAAAGAUAACAAUAUCUUGCUGGAAGCUGCAUCUCAAAUACCACAUAGAACGUCUGAAACUGGCGAAACUAAGAAGACUGAAACAUUAAUUCUGAAGAAAAUUUCUGAUAACAUUAAAGAUCAAGAAAUAAACUGUAUGGUUUCAGAUCCAAUAUCUGUUGAAGGGAACAUCUGUAGAAGAUCAUCUUCAGAUCUUCAAGAUUAUGCUACAGAACAAAAGCAAGAAAGUGAAGACACAAAUGAGUUAGAUUUGCAGGAUGCACAAGAGAAUAAACUAGAAAAUACUGAAGUGAUUAAAAAUGCUAGUAUUGAUCCAGUUUUAACAGGAAGUAGACAAAGUGCAAAGUAUGUCCCUGAAUCAUGUUGCAUAGUGUCGCUGGAAUAUACAGAUACAGCAAGACACCCUAAAAAGUCAGAAGAGCAUCCAACAGAGACUGCUGAUGUAGAAAUCAAAGCUGACUUAACAGAUACUUUUGGAUCUGUUGAAAGUGUUUUGCCAAAGUCUAACAGAGAGAGUUUUCAAGCUUAUUCUAGUCCAUGUUCUAGAAAAUCCAGAAGAAGUUCUUCAAAGUCUGCAGUGCAACAGGUUGAAGUAGAUUCAUUGAUUGAACUGAAGAGCUCCACAGAAAACUCUGCUGAAAUUGAGGAGUGCUCAAUGCAUGUUAGUACAAGGGAGCAUGAAUCUGAUGUCUUGAUUGAAAAUAAGUAUUUUAAAAUAAAAGGGAAGAAUAAGGUGUUGGUCACAGAACCAAUACAAACUCCAAUAGAAACAAAUGAAAUUUGUGCAAAUUACACAGAAAAAGAUGAAGACUCUGGAACUACUGCCUGUUCACUUCACCGUUGUAAAAGUAAAAGCACCCGAAGGAGCAAUAAACAAGAUAAAGACUUUUCAAAUGGAAAUUCUUAUACAGAGGAGAUGCAUAUUAGUUCAGAAGAGUCAGCAGCUCCUGUAGACCAUUCUGGAACACAUCAAAUGCAAACAACUACCCAGCUACCUGAAGAAAAUGUGGAGGGAAACUGGCUCCAGGAGGAGGUGGAUGAAAUCAAAUGGCCAGCUACAAAUGACCAGAAUAUAUUAGGACUUUCCAACUUAUCUGAAAGUGGUCAUGAAAGUAGUGUACCACUGCCAGCAGAGAGUGAGACUACUUCAGAAUUAAAUAGGACUAGUCCAUUACAUGUAAAAAGAAAAUCAGAAAAGAAAUCACCUCAAAAGAGCAAGGAUAGGGAACUUGACUUAUUAAUUCAGCCACCUGGAAAGAGAAAGAGAGUGUCUUUUGGUGGCCACCUGAGUCCUGAACUAUUUGAUAAACAUUUACCUCCAAACUCACCGCUUAAAAGAGGUGCAACUCCAGCACGACUGAGUUUGCCAUUUGGAAACUCGCCUCGAGCAGUUUUGAAAAAAGCUUUGGGAUUUAGACUUUCUCUAAUCAAGAGUUUUCCUGAAAGGAAGCAGCAUGAGAAUAUUUCUGCCUCGCCCCCGCCCCACAGGUCCCCGGCUGCCUCGCCCCCAGCCCAGUUCUCUACUAAUAUAUCCCAAAGAAGAGGUUGCUUUUCAGUUUCUCAUAUCACCAGUCCUACUUGUUCUGGAGAACAGGAUGCUACUUCCAGUCAGAUGCAUGGAGAUAAAGAGUUCACUGAAGUAAAGACACCUGAACAAGAAUCCAAAGCUGCUUGCUCAGUAAGGCGGAGCAAAAAAACGACUCCAAGAAGAAGCUCUUUGUACAGGAGAAGUGGAGCUAUGGGUGCUAUUCAUUCUAAAAGGCGAAGUGGUGCUUCUGAAGCCAACUUGAUAGUUGCAAAGUCUUGGGCAGACGUGGUGAAACAGGGUGUUCCAAAAUCACAACUAACUACUACUGCAAAAAGUGGUCUUAAAAGAUCAACCAAGAAGAUACAUACAAAACGACCAUCAAAGAGCAAUGCUUCCAUAUUGAAAACGCCAACACGAAAAGUCAAGGGUCACUUUACUACAGGCCAUGCAAAUUCUCCUGCUCCAAUUGUGAUUGGAAAAGCUCAUACCAGUAUUGUGAAUGUUGCUGUACAAGUUCCUAAAGUGAUGUUCAACUAUCCUUUGAAGCAACAUGGUGACUUAAAUGAAAGUUUUACAGGGUUGGCUGAGAUGUUCAACACUCCACUGAAUGGGAAGCAGAAAAGUUCACUGUCUCCUGUUCAAAAGACCUGUAUGCCAACACCAGAAGAGGUCUCAGAAAUGCACACUCCAGAAGAAUAUGUAGGAGAGAUGUCUGUAUCACCUUUCAAAAUAUCAAGCCAACAAAAACUUUACAACCAAGAUGUAGCAUCUCCCUUCCUGAGAGAAGCGUCCCAAAUUGUCACUCUUGAGCAAGACAACCUAAAGAUGACUCCCAGAGGAGUGAAUUCUGCAUUAGAAGAAAGUGUCAGAAAAAAUAUGUCCCUGGUAACAGCAGUAGAUGAAGCAAGUGUAUUGGAAGUGGAAGAUAAAAGAAAAAGUCAAAAACAAAAAUUGGAGCCUGUUGAGCCACUUUCAGGGGUCAAGAGACUCUUGAGGACACCCAAGCAAAAACCAGAGCCUGUUGAGGCACUUUUGGGGAUUAAGAGGCUGUUGAAGACACCCAAGCAAAAACAGGAACCUGUUGAGGCACUUGCAGGAGUCAAUAGACUUUUGAGGACACCCAAGCAAAAACAGGAACCCGUUGAGGCACUUUCGGGAGUCAAGAGGGUCUUGAGGACACCCAAGCAAAAACAGGAACCCAUAGAGGCACUUUCGGGAGUCAAGAGGCUCUUGAGGACACCCAAGCAAAAACAGGAACCCGUUGAGGCACUUUCGGGAGUCAAGAGACUUUUGAGGACACCCAAGCAAAAGCAGGAACCGGUUGAGGCACUUUCGGAAGUUAAGCAGUUCCUGAGGACACCCAAACAAAACCUGGAGCCUUUUGCAGAUGACAUUGUGUGUUCCAAAUUUAUGAACUCUCCAGAAGAAAUAUCAGAAGAAUUGAUGGGAAGCAUUACUAAGAAAAAACAGAAAGAAAGAAUGGUACCUAGGGAAGAUACUGAUAUUAUCAAAGCACCCAAGGAAAGAGUCAAACCAGUGGAAGAUAUGGGAGGAAUUCAAAGGCUAUUGAGGACACCUAAGCAAAAAUUUGAACCCGUAGAAGAUAUGGUUGGCAUUAGUCAACUAUUUAAGACACCCAAGCAGAAGUUUGUGCCAGUUGAUGACUACUUGGGAUUGCAGAAGCUUAUGACUGAACCUAAACAGAACUGUUUAAGUCCUGAAGUUGAUUAUACAGGCGUUAAAGAAAUGUUGGAAACUGCAGGUGAACAGAAGGCUGAAUUGGCAGAAUUUGUGCCUUUCCUGGAGGAAGAUAAUGUAUCUUAUAUGAAUUCCAGAGGUGAACUUGAGUCCAUGAGAAAUGACUAUGAAACCAAAGAAGCAAAGCUAGAAUCUUCAGCUGAAAGAGAAUCUCCUUCCCUAGUACCAAGGGAGAACAAUAAAAAUGUUUCAGCAUUAGAAGGACAGAUUGUAUGUAACACAUUUAAUGCAUUAAAAUCAGAGGCAGAUAUAACAACUGUUGAAUUCAUGUGUGUGCCUGAAAGCAAUCAAUCAAAUGAAAUGGAUCCUCAAGAUGGAGACAAAAUUAGUGCAAAUCCUGGAGCAAUAGAUACAGAAAUGGUUGAACCAUUGACUUCGGCUAGAAGAACUAGAAGAGGAAAAGCUAAUAAAUCAAGUUCUAUAAAGGAAUGUGAUACAAAGAACACACAGAGGUGUACAAGGAGUACCCAGAGAGCAAAAUCACCUAAUUAUGUGCAAGCCAAUGGAAACUUUGAUCAGAACAUCGCUGAAAAAUGUCCAAGGCAAAAAUCUGAAAGCAAUACAUCUGCAGUUGAAAUUGAGACAAAAAUGGUGGCAGAUAAAAGAAAUGAACAAGCUGAAGCAAGUUUGGAUUUAGAAGAAAAUGUGGCAACCCAAGAAAAUGGAAGUAGGUUAAUUACAAAAAAAUCUCUAAGAUCUAAAAAUGGUAAAAAUAACAAUGAUCUGAAAUCUAAAUUGACAAAAAUAAAGACACAAGACACAAUAGGAAACCAAGAUCUUGAAACUUCAGGAGUAGAAAGCAUUGGAAAUGGCAUACUUAAAAGAAAUAGAAGAGGAAAGUCUACCUCAGUACAAACAGAAAUAGUUUCAUUAAACACAGCUGUUAACGAUGCUACAUAUGGAAGUCUAAAAUGCACAACUAAAACAUACAAAAUGGAAAUUGUUGAAGACAUUCCAAAAGAAAAUGCCAUCAGGAGGGGGAAAGGGAGAAAAGUGCAAUUUCUGCUUGAGAAUGAUUCUGUACUACUGGAAGAAAAAUGUGUGCUUGGAGAUAAGGAUAGUGAAGAACAAAAGAAUGUGUUUUUGGAAAGUUCUACUUCCUGUGCAAAAGAGAAUACAUCACGAAAAAGCAACAGGAAAUCAGCAUCACAGCCGGUUUGCAUGUCCCUUUCUAAAGGGAAGCACAUAUUAGAAAUCUGUGAAGAUAAACACAUGCAAGGUGAUUUUUAUUUUGAAAAGAUUACUCUCGCAAAAGAAGAUCCUUCAGUAGGUAGCUCCAAUUUUAUACAAGAAAAAUGUGUGGAGAAAAUGCAAAAUGGGAAGAACCCUAAUGAAGCCCAAAAGGUGCCAUUGGAAAGUGUACAAACUCUUGCAAAAUAUAGUCCACCAAGAAGACAGACAGUAGCAAAAGGGAACCCACCCAGGAGAGGAAGAAGCAAACAAGCCAUUUCUCAUGAAAUAGCCACAGAAUGUGACAGUAAACAGGCAGCUGAUAUAAAAGACCAAGAUACAGUUGUCACCAUAACAGAAAAUCAGUCAAAAAGGGGCAGAGGAAGAAGGAUUGUUCCUGUGUGCCAAAUGCCAUCACCUUUGGAAAGCAUUACCCUUGUGCAUGAGGGCCCAACAGUGGACAGCGUCAGUUCUGCCCAAGAAAAAUGGUCUUUGCAAGAAAUUCAAAAUGAAGAGAAUACCAAUGAAGCUCAAAAGGUGCCCUUCACAAGUGUGCAAACUCCUAUAAUGCAUAGUCCACCAAGAAGGCAAUCUGUAGCAAAAGGGAACCCACCCAGGAAAGGAAGAAGCAAGCGAGCCAUUUCUCAUAAAACAGCCACAGAAUGUGACAGUAAACAGGCAGCUAAUAUAAAAGACCAAGAUACGGUUGUUACCGUAACAGAAAAUCAGUCAAAAAGGGGCAGAGGAAGAAGGAUUGUUCCUGUGUGCCAAAUGCCAUCACCUUUGGAAAGCAUUACUCUUGCACAUGAGGACCCAACAAUGGACAGUGUCAGUUCUGUCCAAGGAAAAUGCUCUUUGCAGGAAAUGCAAAAUGAAGAGAAUACUAACAAAGCUCAAAAGAUUUCUUUGGAAAGUGUGCAAACUCCUAUAGAGCAUACUUUUUCAACAAGGCAAAAGGUAGCAAAAGGGGAUCCACCCAGGAGAGGUAGAAGAAAGCAAGCCAUUUCUCAUGAAACAUCUGCAGAACGUGAUGGUAAACAGGCAGCUAAUAUAAAAGAGCAAGAUACCGUUGUCACUAUAGAAGGGAAUAACUCAAAAAGAGGCAGAGGAAGAAAGAUUGCCCCUAUAUGCCAAAUACCAUCUCCUUUAGAAAACAUUGAUCUUACAAAAGAGGGCCCAACAAAUGAUAACUGCAGUUCUGUGCAACAAAAAUGUUAUUUGCAAGAAAUUCAAAUUGAAGAGAAUCCUAAUAAAACUCAUAACAUGACCUUGGAAAGCAUGCAACCUCUUUUACAGCACAGCACAGCAAAAAGGCAAAAGAUGACAAAAGAGAACCCAUGCAGGAGAGGUAGAAAAAAGCAAGUCAUUUCUCAUGAAACACCCACAGAAUGUGAUGGUAAACAGGCAGCUGAUGCAGAAGACCAAGAUAUGCUUGUCACUGUAAAAGAGAGUCAAUCAAAAAGGGGCAGAGGAAGAAAGAUUGCCCCUGUGUUCCAAACAGUUCUUUCUUCCCACAAAAAUGACAUUUUACCAUCAUCCAAAGCUAAAAGUGCAGUGGGACAGCCAAAUGAGGCUUUGGAAAUUGCAAGUGAGAAGCUGUUACGUAGAGGCAGAAGAAGAAAAACAGAUGAGAUAAUUGCAGGAAGUUUAGUUUCUGCAAAUAAAAAACCAAGAUUGCUUAAUAAUGGCAACCAAGAAAAAAUGCCUGAAGAUUUACAAAGUCUGACAAAAGAAAAUGUAUCCAAAAGAGGUCGAAGAAAACAAUUGGUGUCUUCUGAAAUCUCAAUAGAAAGUAAUGGCCAGUUAGGAGAUGAUAGUAAAAAGGCCACUCUUGUAAAAGAUAACAUGAUGCCUUUGGAAAAUUGUUCUCUCUUCCAAAACCAAUCAAAGAGCAACAGAGAAAAAAGGGUUGUUCUUGCAUCUCAAAUGCAUCCUUUCAAAGUAAGCAUCAAUAUGCCACCAUCACCUUCAGACAAAGGUGAACCUGGCAAUGGAAAUCAAAACGCACUUGUUGAAAAUGAUAUUAUUGAAAAAGGGAUACUAGAAAAACAUGGCAGAAGAAACAAAAAUAAAAUAGUGGCACCUUCCAUAUCCAUCAAAAGAAAACACAAACUUGCUGAAGAAGAUGAUUUUCAGGAAAAGCAAAAUGUAGAUAUUGAAAAGGCAGCGAAAUGCAGCAGAAGAGAUAGAAAAGUUGGUGCUCUUGAAGCAACUAUUUCUGCUUCUCUCAAAGAAAAACAUAGAUUGAAUGCAGGGGGUGAUACUGCUAAAGAUCAACAGGUGAUUCUGAACAAUACUGUUUCUGAAAAGAAAGGUGCUUCAAAGGGCAGGGAACAGAAAUUUCCAAAAGGAAAAAGCGUGCCCAAAAGUGCUGAUCAUGCUGUUACUUCUAACAAUGACCAAAAUUGUGAUUUGGAACUCUCAACUCAGCUGGCACAAAAAUAUUCAACCAAACAGGGCAGAAGGAAACAGAUUAACUGCGUCUCAGAAGCCAAUACCACCACCUCUGACAUGAAAAACUUAAUUCCAGGAAAUAAAUCAACAAAACCAAAAGCAGAAAAUGCUGAAAGUGUAACAUUGCAAAAAGGAAAAAGGGGGAAAAGGAAAGAAGAACAUUCCAAAGCUACAGUUGAGCCUGUUACAGAAACAGAAGGCAAGACAAGAGCAAGCAGAAGAACAAAAAAAUAAAUAUUGUAAUCUUGGGUGCUGGGUUGUAUAAUUUUUCCUGCAGAGUAAAUGGACAUAUAUUAAGAUUUUGAAUCCAAGGUUGUAAAGUAUGCUCUGCAUUAAAAAAAAAUAUUUUGUUUAUAUAACUUCAACUCAUUCCUUGACAUUGACACCUUCCCAUGCAAUGUUCUGUAUAUACAUUUUUCAAAUAUUUUAUAAGGCUUUAUGUUUAAAGAUUCAAGGGCUUUGGAAUUUUGAUUUGGCUGCUCUGAUCUGUAUUGUCCUAAGAAAUUUUAAUCUCCAUUUGUGUUUUGACAUUAAA